CCCAACCGUUCGUCUCGAUUGCUAGCAUCCGUUCGCUGGGGCUGGGGCACACAACCGAGGUCCAAUCAGCCCCUGUACGCGCUGUACGCGCCAGUUGCAUGAAACUCAACCUGUAGAUCCCAGUAGCUGCGGCGGCAAGAUAGAUACGGCGCGUAAUGCUGCAGAUGUCUGACCGGUGAAAUGGCCACAAGAAGCUGAUGCGGGAUACAUAUAGGAUCACUGCAAAGCUACUCCGCGCCUCUUCAUCAAAGCGUCUUCAGAUCUUAACAAUAAUUUUCCGCACUUAGCCAGAUCCAUUUCCGUCUCAACAGCAUCAUGACCCCUCCAUCACAGAGCAAAGCAUCAGUUGUAGGCAGUGAUCCCGCGGGAGACAAUAAUUCGGAGUUCUCGUUGGAGUCCGAAUAUAAUGCCAAUGAUGAGCAGGAGUUGUUCGAAAACUUCGAUGACCAUAACAAAUACUUCUACGAAUACAUUCACAGGAUGUUCAAGGAAAAACGGAAUCAUUCAUCGGCACAUACAGAAGCUACAAAAUCGUCAUCGCCCGCUAAGUCUGAGACCAUUGUCAAACCCAAGCCAUCCAAAACAUCAGACACCAGUAUGGCCAAGUCGACUUUCAAAGCCUCACUGUCUAAGAAAUAGACAGACAUGCGACAGUUGGUUUAUUUUUUGUCCCAAACGACCAGGCUGCCUGAUUGAACAGUCUGCGGGUGUGUCUAGGAAGUGUUGAAGGUGAAGACUAAUGGAAGUAAUUGAUCUGUUAGUCAAGACUGGAUACCUGGGCCUACAAGACAUUCUGCCCUUGGAAUGGGUGACGAUGUCUUUGGAUUUUACAGAAGAAAC